AUGAUACCGGUUCUUUUGAUCCAUUUGUUGUUUUAUAAAACUUCCAUUCCAAAUGAGAAAAAAUUAGUAGCCGUUUUGGUAAGUAUUGGUGUAGGUGUCUUCACUUAUGGUGGUUCCUCCUCAAGAAAAACGAAUAACAUUGAUAAUACUAAUGGAAAAAUGUUUUUAAGUGACUCAUUGUAUGGAUUUGCCCUAUUAGCGGCAAGUUUAUUUCUAGACGGUAUGACAAACGCUACUCAAGAUACUAUGUUAAAGAUAAGUAGAAAUAGGAAACAUGAGAAUGAUAAGAAGAACAAAGUAAUCACAGGUUCACAUUUGAUGUUUGUGCUGAAUAUGUUCAUCAUUUUAUGGAAUAUUAUCUAUUUCAUUUUAUUUGAUAAAACUCAAAUAGUAUCUGCUUUGAAAAUGCUAUAUUCAGACCCGGAAAUCGUAUCUUAUCUAUUAACUUACUCCAUAUGUGGAGCUUUGGGUCAAUGUUUCAUCUUUUACACUUUAGAACAAUAUGGAUCAUUGGUCCUGGUUAUGAUUACUGUCACAAGGAAGAUGAUCUCUAUGAUCUUAAGUAUAAUUGUGUACGGCAAGACUCUAAAUGCUUUACAAUGGACUGGUAUCGUCAUCGUCUUCAGUGGGAUAACUUGGGAAGCUGCUAAUAAAAGAGAACAGCCAGUGGUGACAACGACAGACAAGCAGGAAAAAAAAUUAUGGACCCAAUCCAAUUAA